CCCAACACGCACACACACUCUCGAUCUCUAUACCGUUGAACUCAACUUCACGGGCCUUGAGAGAGAGAGAGAGUACGGGUCGGGUUCAAGAGGGUAAUUUUCAUCUGAAGGGGGAUAAACCCCACCACUGUACAUCUAUCUCUCCCUCGCUUUUCUUCCAGCAACUGACGAAAAAUUUUAGUUAUUCUCCUUUUCUUUGCUCUCUCAACGCUCCGACUCUUCUUCGUUCGUUGUCUUGCUCACAACUCGGGAGAAAAGGAGAAAGAGGAAGAAGUUGUAGGAGGAGAAGAAGAAGAAAGGGAAAAGAGGGUUAUCCACUGAAGAUAGCACCAGGUCUUUUUUUCCCAUUUGCUUGUCCUUGCUGUAUCUUUCAUAUCUUUGGGUUGUAUAUUGUGCAUUCAGUGCUUAAGGUUUUGGGUAUGCGAGAAAUCUUGCUGAAAUUGGAAGCUUUGGGUAGUUGCUUGCUAUGGGUCUUCGCUGAAACUUUAGUUUUAUGGAGGUUCAGUUCAUUUUCUUUGUUCUUGGUUCUGUAAAGCUUGUUUUUUGAGGUGCUAGCCCCCAUGAAAUGGCGGAAAUUGAGAUACCCAAGUGGUUGAAAGCGCUGCCGCUGGCGCCUGUUUAUUACCCAACGGAGACCGAGUUCUCCGAUCCGAUUGCUUUUAUAUCCAAAAUUGAGAAAGAGGCGAGUUCAUAUGGCAUAUGUAAGAUUGUUCCACCACUUGCCAAGCCUUCCAAGAGAUAUGUAUUUGCGAACCUCAACAAAUCAUUGGCAAAAUCGUCUGAAUUUUUCGAUGGUGUAUCUUCCCCUGCAUUCAGAAAUGCUGGUGAUGAAGGGGAGAAUAAGUCAGUGUUUACCACUAGAAACCAGGAAUUGGGUUGUCAAACUUCAAAGAAAACUAAGGGUCAGUGCCAGUGGGCGGUACAGAAACAGGUCUGGCAGAGCGGUGAGACGUACACAUUAGAACAGUUUGAAUCAAAAUCCAGGAGCUUUGCUCGGGCUCGAUUGGGAAUGAUUAAAGAUGUUUCUCCCUUAGUUCUGGAAUCAUUGUUUUGGAAGGCAGCUUCUGAAAAACCCAUCUAUGUAGAGUACGCCAAUGAUGUGCCAGGAUCUGGCUUCGGUGAGCCAGAGGACGCACUUUGUUUUUUAAACAAUAGAAUGAGGAAGAGGCGAUUGGAUAGAAAAUAUAUGAGAACUGUUGCUAAGAAGGAAAAGAAGCUGUAUGCUCAAAACGAUUCAACACCCACGUCUGCAGAGGCAAAUAACCAAACUGGUCUUCCCCAGUCAUCAGAAUCCUGCCAUGGCACAUCACUCACCAAUUCUGACGAAGGACUAGAAGAGAUGCAUGGGAGUAGCAAUCCCAGCAGUAAUAGAGAAGGGACGGCUGGUUGGAAGAUUUCCAACAGUCCAUGGAAUUUGCAAGUUAUUGCACGUUCAUAUGGAUCUCUGACUCGAUAUAUGCCUGAUGAAAUACCAGGGGUUACUUCCCCGAUGGUUUACAUAGGCAUGCUGUUCAGUUGGUUCGCCUGGCAUGUGGAAGACCAUGAAUUGCACAGCCUUAAUUUCCUCCAUACGGGCUGUCCAAAAACCUGGUAUGCUGUUCCAGGAGACUCAGCAUCAUCUUUUGAGGAAGUCAUCCGAGUGCAAGGUUAUGGAGGCCAACUUGGCCAUGCAGCUUCAUUUGCAGUUUUAGGUGAAAAAACAACCUUGUUGUCUCCAGAAGUGGUUGUUGAAUCUGGAAUUCCUUGCUGCCGGUUAGUGCAAAAUCCUGGUGAAUUUGUUGUGACCUUUCCAAGGGCAUACCAUGUAGGGUUCAGCCAUGGGUUUAAUUGUGGGGAAGCUGCAAACUUUGCUACCACCGAAUGGCUGAAGAUAGCCAAAGCUGCUGCAGUUCGAAGAGCAGCCAUGAAUUACCUCCCUAUGCUUUCUCAUCAGCAGCUUCUUUAUACGUUGGCACUGUCAUUUGUGUUGAGAGAACCUGGAUUGGAUCCUCUUGAGGUUCGUUGUUCUCGGCUUCGGGAUCGCAAGAGAGGGAGAGAAAUGGAAAUAAAAAAAGCAUUUAUUGAUGAUGUAACAAGUGAAAAUAAGUUGUUAGUUGCUCUCCUUCAGAAAACAGCGUCCUCUGCUGUGCUUUGGGAUCCUGAAAUGUUGCCUUCUGCUUCAAUAUCUCAACCAUGUGCAUCAUGCUCUGCCGAAGAACAUGAUCAAUUGGUCAAGCAGGGAAGCUUGGGUGUAGUCCCAUGUAAGUCCAGCGAAAUAAGUUCUUUUGAAAGCAUAAAGAACGAUUCUUGUCUCCAAGAUUCACUCGCAGGUGAACAUCCUAUAUUAGCUGAUCACCAGAGUGUUCAGGAAUUAUCAGCUAAAUCAGCACAGGAGUUGAACAACGUUCGAUGUUCUGCAAGUCCUGCUGAAAAACGAACACUAAAUGACAAUUUUGGAUCAGCAGGUUUACAUCUUGAUUCAGGUGCUCUUGAAUGUGUGGCUUGCGGUAUUCUAGGUUUUCCGUGUAUGGCAGUUAUACAACCAUCUAAUGAAGCAAUAAAAGGAUUUUUUCCUGAUUUAGAAGAAGAAAGUAAUCAGAAAGUCUCGGUCUUAAGAGCUGCAGCAUCAGGCAGUUUACAUGAGGUUGAUACUACUACCACAACACUGGUUGUUCCUUCUACGGACAUCGGGGUGAUACCAAAUACAAUAUCAAGGGAGAGCCAAAGUAAUCCAGAACCUGUUGCUGGUAAAUCAGGAUGUUUUGCACAUGGAGUACAAUCUUCAUUGUCUACACAAGCAGUCGAAGGCAAUUCAGAUUGCAAGAAUCCUUGUCUUGAUCUUGGUCAAUCUCAUAUUGCCGAUCUUUCCUCACUGGAGAUUGUUGGUGAUAAGAGGUUAGAAGUGUCCACAUCAGGUGUUGCUUCCAGUAAUUUGUUGAACCCAUCGAUGGACCAGGUUGGAGAUACAGUUGGCGAAAAAUAUGCUUUUUCUCCACAUCGAGAAGGGUCAGACUUGACUUUGGCAUCUAAAAGGGAUGAUGUUCACAUGCUUUCAACAAGUGACAAUGUGUUGUCACAAAGUUUACAAAGUAAAUGUGGCAAUAUAAGUGAUGUUCAAAGUUCAGGGAAAGAAAUAUUACCCGAUGCCUGCUCAGAGGUAAAUAAUACACAUUCUAGCAUAUUGGCAAAAGUUGAUAGUUUAUCAGUAAGUUGCAGCAAGGAAGUUGAGUGUGAGAAAGGUUUAGCAGAAAACAAUCCAAAAUUUGGUUAUACUUGGAAUUUGGGGAAGGAAUUCGUAAGACCACGAGUGUUUUGUUUGGAACAUGCUCUUAAAGUUGAGGAAAUCUUGAAGAAGAAGGGCGGGGCUAAUGUUCUUGUCAUUUGUCAUUCAGAUUAUCCUAAAAUACUGGAAGCAGCUACCUCUGUUGCAGAAGAGAUUGGUGCUGAUAUUUGUUGCAAAGAUGUUUCUCUGGGGAAUGCAUCUAAUACUGAUUUGGACGUGAUUAAUUGUGCAGUGGAUGAUGAACUGAAAGAAAGUUCUGAUUGGAGUUAUAGGCUCGGUCUAAAUAUGCAUCAUUAUUGCAAACUUAGCAAGACACAAUCUUCAUCUGGUGAAAAAUGCUCUGUUAUUUCAAUGACUGGGUUAUUUAGCGACUCCGCAGAAUUUAGUGCACCACCUGAAGAUAUCUUAGGUGCAGUACCUGAUGUAUCAUUCCUUAAGUGGCAUGUGAGGAAAAGUCGUUCUCAUCAAAAAAAAAUUAUUGCCAAGAAUUGCGAAAGGGAGGCGUGUGUUUCAGCAGAAGAUGGUGAUACUCUACAGGUGAAGCAGCAUGGUGAGAUGAGCAAGAAAGCACCUUUUCUUCAGUACUUCAGGCGCCGCAAAAAGCGGGAAGUUUCAGAUUAUGUGUGCAAUGUCGACAUCUUUCCCAAAGAAAGUGUGGGUGAAGGUCAUGAAAAUCUACGUGCAAUAAAAGUGGAAGGUGCAUCAGAAGUUACAGAUGUCAGAAUGAGAGCAUCUGGCGAUGGAUCUUGUUCAAAGAACGACAGGAAUGGAGAUACUUCAGUCAUCUGGCCUUCAACCACUGAUACAGAAAAUCUGGGGCAGGCUAAUGAGGCAGUUGACCAUGCCCUGUCUUCAGAAGAUUGUGCAAUGAUGGUUAGAGGAGCUGAAGGCAUCCACAUGCAACAAAAUAGUGAAGCAUGCGACGAAACUACCGAUUCCAGAUCAAGUGGGAGUAAAGGUCAUAGAAUGGAAGGAGAAAUACCCUCUCAAUCAGAGGUCGUGCAGUUUGUUGGUGGCCCCUGCGAAGGACUUGGGAGUGAAGGUCAUAGAAUGAAAGGAGAAAUACCCUCUCAAUCAGAGGUCGUGCAGUUUGUUCGUGGUCCCUGCGAAGGACUUCGGCCUCGGCGACUUAGUAGUGGGUGUGAAAGCAGGGAUAUUAAUGUAAGUACAGGUAAGGUGGUUAAAGCAAGAAAAAGUGGUCAGAGAAAGGUCAAUGAGGACGAAGAAAAGUUGUAUAAAUGCAACAUUGAUGGUUGCCAUCUGAGCUUUAGAACAAGAGCAGAACUACUAUCACACGAGGGAAAUCGUUGCACCAUCAGGGGAUGUGGGAAGCGAUUUAGCUCUCACAAGUACAUGCUGAAGCAUCAGCGAGUUCAUGAAGAAGAAAGGCCUCUCAAGUGUCCAUGGAAGGGCUGCCGCACAACCUUCAAAUGGGCAUGGGCAAGAACUGAGCAUAUGCGUGUUCAUACUGGUGAGCGCCCUUACGUGUGCAGGCAUGAAGGUUGUGGACAGACAUUUAGAUUCGUCUCUGACUUCAGUCGACAUAAACGCCGGACCGGGCAUGUGACAAAAUAGAUCUUGAUCUCUUACCAAUUGUGACAUUAGCUGGUAUAGGCGCCAUUGCUGGCUCCUAUUUGGGUGCUUUUAUAUUUUUUCAUCUGCAGAAGAGAGGAAAUAUCUUGUCUGCAGAUUGUACUACAUCAAAUUGGGAUCCUAAAUCUCAAGAAAGCAUUCUAGUCUUGUCAUGAUAA